AUGGACAGAGAUUUUGCUCUUGGUGGGUUUGGCAUGAACUUGAACAUGAACCAAGUAGCCGCCCCGCCAGUACCAGCGCCACAGCCUCAUCAUCCAUCUCGUGCUAGUACCCAUAAUGUGCAGAAUCUUCUGGCACAAGCGGAGAAGAACUCCGGGUUUCUUACUCUUCAAGGACUGAGGCGUAAGGCGGAAAUCAAAGAGUUGGAGUUCGUGGAGGAUAUCGGUCACGGAAGCUGUGGAACAGUAUCCAAGUGCAGCUACCAAAGUGUGACAAUGGCUGUUAAGACUAUGCCACGCACCUCAAACAGCUACGAGAUGUCACGAAUUCUGAUGGACUUGGACGUCAUCUGUCUCUCGUUCGAUUGCCCAUAUAUCGUUCGCUGCUUCGGCUAUUUCAUCACAGCGUACGACGUCCGUGUGUGCAUGGAGUGUAUGGCAACCUGCCUCGAUCGUCUGCUCAUUCGUAUCCAAAAGCCAAUUCCAGAAAAUAUCAUUGGCAAGCUGAGCAUUAGUAUCAUCAAGGCUCUGCACUACCUCAAGACCAAGCACCAAAUCAUGCAUCGCGAUGUCAAGCCAUCAAACAUUCUUCUCGACUGGAGUGGUGUUAUCAAGCUGUGUGAUUUUGGAAUCGCAGGACGACUGAUCGAGUCGCGUGCUCACUCGAAGCAAGCCGGAUGCCCAUUGUACAUGGGACCUGAGCGCCUUGACCCGAACAACAUGAACUCGUACGACAUCCGGAGUGACGUAUGGUCGUUGGGAUUAACGUUGGUGGAGUUGGCCACCGGACACUACCCAUAUGCUGGAACCGAGUUCGAUAUGAUGUCCAAGAUUUUGAACGAUGAGCCACCACGUUUAAGCCCAGAUCAUUUCUCACCGGAUUUCUGCGACCUCGUCGAAAAUUGCCUUCAACGUGACCCUACCAUGCGCCCCAACUACGACCAGCUUCUGGCACACCCAUUCAUUACUCAUCACGAACAACUGGAUACGGAUGUGGAAGAGUGGUUUGCCGACGUUAUGGGAGACAGCGCGUAG